AUAUUGGGUGUUUCCGUAUCAACCUUCCCUACUUUCAUAUUCGCUUGCCCGAUUUCCAAAAGUGGGCUCUCCGCAGCUUAUCAUGUGUGUUUCCCUGUAACUAACCCAGGCUACAAAAGACAGCCGGACGGGCCCAGUUUGCCUAUUUAUAAUACUAAGUUAAAGAGUUCAUUUGUUUUUAAAGCUUUUUUACUGCAAUAUACGGCAAAAGUCUAUGUGAAAAUAAUUUUGAAACUCUUUUAUGAAUUUUACACAUAAGUUUUAAUCACAUUCAUAAGACUUUUUCACAAAUGAAAUUUUUUAACCAAUAAUAAUUGGUGUUCAUAUUAUUGAUAUUGUUUGUUUGGUUCAAACAUUGUUGUUUUUUGUAGCUGUCACACCAAAUUGCCGCGUAAAUAAAAACAUUAAAGACGCCGAAGCUAAAGUGUGAAUAAUCCGAAGCGUAUAUUUCAGUGAUAUUUUAAGUGAUUGAUGAAAAUGUCUGGUUUCCGUGGAGAAAAUGAAAUGGAUAAGUCUUUCUCGAAGCGAAUUCGAUUCAAUUCCCUUUUAUAUCGCAAUUGUGAUCGCCUCGUUCAACUAGAACAGGAUGAUGCGCUCGUUGCAAGUGGAAGUGCUAAUGUUAUACAAGCCCCUCCAAACGUAAUCGAUCAGCAUUCAAGUAAUGUAGAUAAUCACCCCUCACCGGCUGACUGUGAAAAUGAAAUCAACGUAUCAUUGGGAUGCAAUGACGAUGAAGCCAGUGAAGACAAUGAUGAUGAUGUUGUCGACUAUCUUAUUGAAAGCUCAGAUGAAGAGCAAGAAUCGGAAAACUGUACAGAAACGUUUUCAGUGCAAGAUGCUUUACGUCGCUGGGCCGUAUCUAAAAACCAAACAUACGAGUCGAUCGAGGAAGUUAUGGAGAUAAUACGACGAAUAAGUAACUGUAAGCUGCCUAAAGAUGCAAGAACCUUGCUGAAAACCAAUCGAAACCCUUCUUUGGAAAUAUUAACGAUACAAGGAGGCCAAUACUGGUACCACGGAAUCCAAAAAUGUUUUUUACACGACCAAAGCAUUGCAAAUAUUCGUCCCGAUUCAACGCUGUUGCUGAAUAUAUCAAUCGACGGUUUGCCGAUUUUCAAAAGCAGUAAACAACAAUUUUGGCCUAUACUAGUCAACAUUCAUGGAAUGCCGGAAGUGCCAGUUAUGGUAGCUGCCAUAUAUUGUGGAUCGUCAAAACCGGCAAGUAUCGAACACUUUCUUCGGCCUUUCGUGGAUGAGCUAAAUUUUCUCAUGAAGAAUGGACUACUCAUCAAAAACAGAAAAGUAGCGAUACAAAUACGUGCCAUUAUAGCUGAUUCUCCAGCUCGUGCAUAUAUCAAAGGUGUAGCCAACUACAACGCUCGUCACGGUUGCUUGAAGUGCAUUACGGAAGGACGGAGUAUGCGAAGAAGAGUAACAUUCCCGACAUGUAUUGCUCCAGAGCGCACAGAUGAAGGAUUUAGAAUGCGCGUGUAUGGCGAUCAUCAUAAGUUUGAUUCUCCUAUUUUAAACUUGGAUAACUUAGAUUUGAUCAGUCAAAUAAUAGUUGGUGAUUCAUUGCAUUUAAUUGACUUAGGUAAUACAAAACGAAUGCUUAACGGCUGGGUAAAUGGUAAACUUGGUAUGGAUCAUAAGUUAUCUACACAACAUAUUAAUAACAUGUCGGCAAUGUUAGUAAGCAUAAAGUUACCUAUAGAGAUACAUAGAAAGUUCCGUUCAUUAAGUGAACUUAAAUAUUGGAAAGGUUCUGAGUUUGCCUCGUUUCUAUUUUACGCAUCGGUAGGUGUUCUCAAAGAAACGUUAAGUGAAAAACACUAUAAACACUUCUUGCUGUAUUUUUGUAGCAUUACAAUGCUUUCGUCUGUUGUGUACAAGGAGCAUUGGUCAGUAACAUAUUCUUUUCUCCAGGUCUUUGUCAAACAAUUUGGAGUUAUUUACGGUCCAGAAUAUAUUUCAAGCAAUAUACAUAACCUUUUGCAUAUUUACAAAGAAGUUGAUCAAUUCGGUCCACUUCAUACAAUAUCAUCUUAUCCUUUUGAGAAUGCAUUGCAGCGUAUAAAACGUUUGCUGCGAAGUGGGCCGAAAAGUUUAGAACAAACGAUAAAUAGACUUUCUGAAAUAGAGACUUUUCAAACGAACAAAACGGAAGAACAAGUUAAUUAUCCAUCAGUUCAUCAGAGAGGAAGUUCAGUAAUACUCCAUUUACGUAAAGGUUUUUGCCUAAAAAACGAUCAACGCAAUCCAUGGUUUUUAACAAAAGCGGGAAAAAUAUGUAAAUAUGUUCAUGCGGUUGCACACGAAACCUCCGUUGAUACUACUGCAAAACAACUAACCGAAUCAAUAGAUGGUUUCAAUUACCCUUUUAAUUCGAAAUUGAUUAACAUACAUCAAGGCAAUUUGAAUGAUUUAGGAGAUGUAAACAUUACAGUAGGCCCUCAAGAUAUAAAAUGUAAAUUAGUAAUAGUUCCCCUUUCUCAAGUAAAUAAUUGUUUGUUUGUUCCCUUGAUACAUACAUUAGUUUAAUUAAAUGUAACAACCACAUUUUUGUAUUCAAACGCAAUGCAUUAACAACGUUUCUGAUAUUCUGUGAGUC